UUUUGUUCAUUUGUUUAUAGAGGAUGGCUUGUAGAGGAUGCUUAGAAUGCUUGUUGAAGCUCUUGAACUUUUUGAUGACUGUUGCUGGUUUGGCAAUGGUUGGAUAUGGGAUCUACUUGUUUGUUGAGUACCAAAGAGCUGCUGAUGUUGCCACGCUUUUGUUGCCUGCGGGCCGUGAUCAGCAUUUGAGACAGCUCGGUCGGCCCAUGCUCGUGGUGGCCGAGUAUGUUUCGUCUGAUAUUCUCGAUCGUCUUCCAAAAGAAUGGUUUAUAUAUUUAUUCAUUGGAGUAGGUGUGGUUCUAUUUGUUAUAUCUUGCUGUGGUUGUAUUGGAGCUUCAACUCGGAAUUUAUGCUGUUUGUCUUGUUAUUCAGUGUUGGUGUUUCUGUUGAUCUUGGUGGAGCUGGGAUGUGCAGCUUUCAUAGUCUUCGACAAAAGCUGGAAACAUGAACUUCCUGCGGAUAAAACAGGAUACUUUGAUAUGAUAUAUCAUUUUCUGCAAGAAAACUGGAGUAUUGCUGGAUGGGUAGCUCUUGGAAUUGUUGUCUUAGAGGUUCUUAUUUUCUUGUUAGCCCUUAUGGUUAGGGCUGCCAAUGUACCGGCUGAUUAUGACAGUGAUGAUGAGUUCAUUGCACCAAGGCAGCAAAUCAGACAGCCUUUGAUCCACAGGCAACCAGUUCCAGUUACAGGUGUACCUGUUGCUGGCGGCCUUGAUCAACGGCCCGGAAGAACUGAUGCUUGGAGUUCACGUAUGAGGGAAAAGUAUGGGCUGGAUACGUCCGAGUUCACAUACAACCCUUCAGAGUCAAACAGGUAUCAGCAGGUGGCCCCUCAACCAGCAGAAGAAAGCAGCCGUUGCACCAUUAUGUGACGAUCAUCUGGUUGAUUUGGCUUCCGAGGCUAUUGCAUUGUCGAUUGAAUGACAGCUUCAAUUUAUUUAUCAUUCAGAUUACAGUCUUAUUUUAUGUGUUUCCCACUCAUUGAUUUCUUUAGAAAACAAGUGUUUCAAAAACGCAUAACCAUUUUGAGUGUAAAAAUUGGACUGCUAGUCUGCUACAUUAAGGUUGGGCAAUGAGUUGAAUCCUGAGCUAAAUGCAACUCUGCCUUUUACUUAUAUGU